AUGGCAGGUGAUCUUUGUCAAAAAAUCCCAACCCACAUAAUUUUGUUCCACAUACUACCAAGGUUGCCGGUGGAGUCGUUACAACGUUGUAAGAGUGUUUGCCAACAAUGGCGCUCGUUCCUCAAAACACGUUACUUUGCUAGCAUGUGUAACCGCCGUUUGACCAAUGGAUCCACUGUUGAUCAGUCCUGCCACAAACUUCUCUUCUUACCCUGUUAUGAUAAUUAUGAGCCUGGUUUUAGAAUCAUGGAUUGUGAAGCACCUGAUGAUGGUGGUGGUUUAAGUUCCCAAUGGAACCCUCUUCCGUUUAAAUAUUCCGGGCAAGAUAAGAUCAGGAUUCAAACAUCUUUACAUGGACUGGUGUGUAUAUGUGUCCAAUAUGAAGACUGGUAUAGAAGCAAAACUGAGCUAGUUUUAUGGAAUCCAUUAACACGCAAGUAUAAAAUGUUAGGCAAAACCAAUCCUCACAUGGAAUCUUACUUUCCAGAAGUAAGGGCAUUAGGAUUGUAUUACAGCGGCAUGUCUGAUGAUGAUGAUAAGGAAUAUAAGCUUCUAACGGUAUCAUAUAAACAGAGUUUUCACAUAUACUCACUGAAAUCCGACUCAUGGAGAAAGGUUGACUUAGCAGACAACUAUCAAACUCUUAUUUCCGACUUAGAAUUAGGAUGGGAGAUGAUUAGUGAUAGUACCUGGUUCAAUGGAAAUCUCUAUUUUUUGAAGGGACGUUUAGUUCUAAAGUUUGAUACAAAUGUGGAAAAGUUCACCAUAAUACCAACUCAUCCCUCUUUAAACGAUUUAGACGUUAAGAGGAUGACGAUGGAUGUUCAUAAAGGCGUUAUGCACUUGGGUGUCCAUUAUGAAACUAGUCAACAUCAGAAUUCUAAAAAGGCCCAUAUCCAGUUGUGGAAGAUGACAGAAGAUGAGAAUUGGGACAAGGUUGGAGUUCCGUUUAGAAUUGAUAUCUCUAUGUACCCAUUCUCCCGGUUAAGGAAUAAAACUUGGCUAAUGGUCGAAUCAAUUAAAAGGGGAUAUUUUGAUAAAGAAGAGAAAAAGUUGCAUAAAGUUGAUUACAGCAAAAGUUAUACCAAAGGCAAAAACUGUGUAACCAAUGCCAAAAGCACACAGAUUAUUAGCAUAUACGACAGUCUUGCGAAAGUGAACUACAUAGAGUCUUUUCUGUCAAUUGAUGGAUCGAUAUGA